CACGCUCCUGCAUCUUUGGUGAUUAGGCUGAGGAAAGAGUGUCCAAACACACAGAAAAACUUCUGGUGAAGGAACUGAGAUCCACAUAACACACUAUUAUAAAGAUGCCAUUUAUUAAAGAGGAGAGUGAAGACAUGAUGAUUGAAGAAACAUUCAGAGUGAAACAAGAAGAUACUGAGGAACAAACAGACCUGAUGGCACUGAAAGUGGAGAGUCAGAAAGAUGAACUGAACGAAAUGGAAGAGAAAUAUCAGGAUGAGAAGUGUCAUGAUUUCAAGAGUGGAGAAAAAUCCUCAAAGACUGAAGAGAUCUCUUCACAAAAAAGAGGUCAGAAGACCGGAUCUAACAGUUAUUUCACCUGCUGUCAGUGUGGUAAAAAUAUAACUAAUAAGCAAAACCUUGAAGUCCAUAUGAGAGUUCACACAGGAGAGAAGCCUUUCAGCUGCCAACAGUGUGGAAAGAGUUUCACUCAAAAACAAAACCUUAAAGUCCACAUGAGAGUUCACACUGGAGAAAAGCCUUAUCCCUGCAAACUGUGUGGACAGAGUUUUAAACUUAAAGGAAACCUUAAUGCCCACAUGAGGAUUCACACUGGAGAAAAACCUUACACCUGCAAAAUGUGUGGGAAGAGCUUCUCACGAAAAGAAAGUCUUACUACUCACAUGCACAUUCACACAGGAGAAAAGCCUUUCAUAUGUGGUCAGUGUGGAAAGAGAUUUAAGUGUAAAGAAACCCUUAAUUGCCACAUGAGGAGUCAUUCAAAAGAGGACUGUUUUAUAUGCCAUCAGUGUGGAAAGAGUUUCCUGCAUAAAAGAAGCCUCAACACUCACAUUAGACUUCAUACUGGAGAGAAGCCUUACACCUGCCCUCAGUGUGGAAAGAAUUGCACAAAUAAAGCAAACCUUGAGAUUCACAUUAGAGUUCACACUGGAGAGAAACCUUUCACCUGCCCUCAGUGUGGAAAAAGCUUCUCACAAAAAGGAAACCUUCAGACUCACAUAAGUAUUCACACUGGAGAGAAGCCUUUCAAAUGUCAUCAGUGUGAAAAGAGAUUUAGCAGGCUGCAAAACCUUGAAGUCCAUAUGAGAGUUCACACAGGAGAGAAGCCUUUCAGCUGCCAACAGUGUGGAAAGAGUUUCACCCAAAAACAAAACCUUAAAGUCCACAUGAGAAUUCACACUGGAGAGAAGCCUUACCCCUGCAAACUGUGUGGACAGAGUUUUACACUUAAGGGAAACCUUAAUGCCCACAUGAGGAUUCACACUGGAGAGACCCCUUACACCUGCAAAAUGUGUGGGAAGAGCUUCUCACGAAAAGAAAGUCUUAUGGCUCACAUGAACAUUCACACAGGAGAAAAGCCUUUCAUAUGUGGUCAGUGUGGAAAGAGAUUCAAAUGUAAAGAAACCCUUAAUCGCCACAUGAGGAUUCACUCAAAAGAGGACUGUUUUAUAUGCCAUCAGUGUGGAAAGAGUUUCCUGCAUAAAAGAAGCCUCAACACUCACAUUAGACUUCAUACUGGAGAGAAGCCUUUCAUCUGCCCUCAGUGUGGAAAAAGCUUCUCACAAAAAGGAAACCUUCAGACUCACAUAAGUAUUCACACUGGAGAGAAGCCUUUUAAGUGUCUUCAGUGCGAUAAUAGUUUCACAUAUAAAAGAGACCUGAAACGUCAUUUGCAAACUCAUUCUGUAAAGAAUCUGUGAUUUUCUACUUUUAUGACCACUUAAUGUAUUUUCAAUCUUCACAUCUUUAAACUUUUUUAUUUUCCUUUGUCAUGUACAUUAUCAAUCUCCUUUGCUAUAGUUUCAAACACUGAGCAGUUGAAGUAGACGCCCUCUAAUUUUGAUAGUAUAGAGGAAUCGCUCCAUUACAUAUAUUGUUACUCAGAAGCAAACUAUUGGUGAAAUUGCUGUGAAAUGCCACAAUGUAAAAGAAAGAAUAUAAAUAAAAGGAAACAAAUUGUACAUAAAUAACCAACACUGCUCUGCAUUAUUUGAUUCAUGAGAACAUGAACAGGCAAUGACAUCUGGGAGCUGGUUCUAGCUGCUGAUAUGGCUAAACAUUCAAGUCGAAUCAAGUCACCUUUAUUUAUUUAGCACGUUAUACAAUACGUAUUGUGUCAAAGCAGCUUUACAGUACUAAACAGGAAAACAGUGUGUUGAUAAUGCAAAAGGACAAUAGUAAAAUCGUCGACAAUAUUGCCAGAAAUGAAGUGUCCCCAACUAAGCAAGCCAAAGGCGACAGUGGCAAGGAACCAAAACUCCAUUGGUGACAGAAAUGGAGAAAAAAACCUUAGGAAAAGCCAAGCUCAGUCGGGGGGCCAGUUCUCCUUUGGCCAGACGAAUCCAGCAAGGUGUGGUUUAAUUCCAGGCUGCAGCAAAGUCAGAUUGAGCAGAGGACUCAUCAUACAGUA